AUGGAACAUUUUAUUAAAGGUAAUUCCUAUUUUUGAUUGAAUUUUAUAUUGUGAAAUCAAUUGAAGAAAUAAUGAAAAUUCAAUGUUUCCGUCAUUUUGACGUUAUUUCACCAUGAUAGAGGCACGGGGGAGUAUCAAGACUUAGUCUAUCUUUCUCAGAAGCAAAAACUAUAUCAAGAUACAUGUUCAAAUAACAUUUCUACCGUUCAUUUUCGAAAAGUAAAAUCAUAUUUUCAUUUUCAUCGCAUUUUAUUUUAAUAAGAACUAAUAUUUCAUUUGUCCGUGAUUCAAAACUGUUUAAUUCAAACAACCAAGGUUGUUUUCAGGUAUUGCGAACGUCAUCCAAGUGGAAUCAACGGUUUCGAUCAUGGACGAAGUGGAGUUGAUAAUACGUCAAAUAACAGAUUUUUAAUGAAUUUUUGGUGGUUUCAACUUGAGCUUUGUUGAUUUUCUUCAAAUUUCGAUCAAAAAGUGCCGCAAAAUUAGGAGCUGUGGGAUAGAACUUCAAAUUUCGAUGAUAAAUGUGGUUUUCUGAUUUUCAGAAGAGAUCCUGCUUCAAAAGCUUCAGAAUCAUCCUAGCGAAAAUAAAAUAUUAUUUUAUCAUGAAAUUGUAAGCCAUACAUGUAAUUUUUCAAAUCACUGUUGAAAAUUUUCCCGAAAAACAUCGGUUCUUAGCAAUUUUUAAGACAAAGGAUGGUUAUUCUUUCGUCUAAAAGCCAAAUUCAUUGUCCGGUAAGAAGUUCUCCUUUCUUUUUUCAACAUAAGUAUAUGAAACAUCUUAUUUCAUAUAAAAAGUUUAAAAGUUUUGCUUCAUUAUUUCAAAAAUAUCUUUUUUGUGAGCACAGGUGGAUGGAGUGUGACCCACGGCGGACCCACUGAGGACCAAUGUGGAAAAUUCACCCACGGUGGAUACGUGGUGGGUCCGCUGUGGGUGAGAUUUUGGGAGAAUUUUAUAAAAAACUGUUAAAUGAACUAAAUGUAUUUUUAAGAGUUCCGCUAUGCCUCGGAUAGUGUAAAAAAAGAUUAUAUUGGCUAUAGAAUCAUUUUUCAGUUCUUACUCACUUUCAAGGGUGAAGACACACAUUUGUAUAGCGGAGGACCAAAAUAAAAUGUUAUGAAACAUGAAAACUAGUUCUAAAACUCUAUAAAUUUGAUCAGAUUCACUAAAUAAUUCAUUUUCUACUGUUCUCAUCUCUUUUUUCAACUUUAAAGCGUUGCUUCCAUAAUUUUAUGAAUUUUUGCAAAAUGUUGGGGUACUGUAGUUCGAGAUGUGUGUAGUGGCAUUUAAUCUGACGCGCACUUAUUUUUAUUUUUUCGUUUUUUUGGGCCAAACGUUUUUUAUGUAUUUUUGGUGUUUUUUUGCGGAUUUUCCCAUCAUCUGCUCAUGUUUGUAGUACUAAAUGAUAUUUAAAGUAGUCCUUAUAUAGUUUCAGAAAUAAAAAGUAUGUAAAAGUAGCAAAUUUUAGGAUAUUAGGGGAAAACAUUCCAUUUUUUUCAAUUACAUUAUUUUCGCCGAAUACUCUGUUAAAACCAAGGUUUUCUUGAUUUUUAUUCUACAUUCGUCUCCUUACCAUUAACUUUGGCACAAUUUUGCAGAUUCAUAGUUCGUGACUUUGUCUACAACGAGGAACUGCUGAGAGCCGGAAAAACAGAAGAAAAAAAUGGAAUAAAUUGUAUAUUCAGAUGGAUCUGCUGGUAGACCACUAGAUGUAAGUUUGAAUAAACGACUUUUGAAAUAUAUUUUUUCAAUUAUUUAUUUCAUUCCAGACAUUGGAAGAUUCACCAGCUCUCCUGUCACUUGGACUCAACAUCUUCUCGGCUUCCAGUAUUCAGAACUAAUGGUAAGGAUUCAACAUUCUAACAAUGUUAUAUAUUCAUCAGUUAUAUAUUUUUCAGGCAGUGAUAUCUCCGCCUGUACCGACUUGGAUGAAUUUUGGAAGUCUAGCGUUCACCAAGAACAUAAAUCACCGACUUCGCUCAAUAUGGUCAAUAUUUUUUAGGUCAGUUUUUUUUGUAAUCUAUGAAUAUAAGAAGUGAUAAAGUACCUGCAAACUACUGUUUAAUCGGAAGUUUGCAGCGAAAGAGAUAACACUUUACUAUGCCGUCUACUGAUCAACUUAUGGCAGAAAAAUGUCACUUCAUUCAUAAAAAACUCUGACAAAAUUUUCAAAACUCUGAUCUAAAAGCCUAAACCCAACCCUUCAAUCCAAAACUGUAGUUCGCGCAUCUUAUAAAAUUCUUACAGAUAUUGCCAACUCGGAAAAACAGCGAACGAGGAUCUGGACUGA